AUGAAACACAUCCCUCUCGUCUCGGCCAUCGUUCUUGGUCUCGCAAGGCAUGUCACCGCUGAUUUCAUCGAGGACAGUGGCCUUGACGCACGAAGCGAGGACUUCCUCAACGAUGGUCUUCUUCUAGAAGCUCGUGACGAUCUUGAUGAAAGAGAUUUCCUACAAGAACUAGAGGUGCGAGCUAAGCCUCGUCCUAAUAUUCCUCGCCCUCCACCAAACCGACCUACUGGCGUUGGUUAUACAACUGGAGGCCGAGGCCGACGAGAUCUUGAUGAGAGAGAUAUUAUAGAGGGACUGGAGGUGCGAGCUAAGCCUCGUCCUAAUGUUCCUCGCCCCCCACCAAACCGACCUACCGGUGUUGGCUACACAACUGGAGGCCGGGGAGGCCGAGGCAGAAGAUCUCUUGAUGAGAGAGCCAAGCCUCGUCCUAAUGUUCCUCGCCCCCCACCAAACCGGCCUACUGGUGUUGGUUAUACAACUGGAGGCCGGGGAGGUCGAGGUCGAAGAGAUCUUGAUGUCCGAGCCAAACCUCGUCCUAAUGUUCCUCGCCCUCCGCCAAACCGACCCACCGGUGUUGGUUAUACAACUGGAGGCCGUGGAGGCCGAGGCCGAAGAUCUCUCGAGGAGAGAGCCAAGCCUCGUCCUAAUGUUCCCCGCCCUCCACCAAACCGACCUACCGGCGUUGGUUACACAACCGGGGGCCGGGGGGGUCGCGGCCGAAGAGAUCUAG